CUCUCUCUCUCUCUCUCUAUUUUCUAAGUGUCAAAGAUGCGUCGAAAAAGUUGCUGAGAAACUAAACCAUCGAAUAACGGAUACGCUUUGCUCAAAAGAAAGGCAAGAAUCUAACAAGCACUUUGAUCGCACGACAAAUCUCGUGAUAUAUAAGUGUGAAUUAAGACAAAAGAAAACAGUGCUUAACGAUCUCUGUCAGAGAUGAAUUAUCGUUUCUUGAUCUUUUAAUUGUAAGAAGCGUUUGUUCCUUCAUGUUGUACUACCGCUUCUCGUAGAGAAGGUCUACGAUCUUUGUGAUACACGCUUUUACAACGAUUAAUCAUUGUGUGUCAGCUGGAGCAUAAAUAAUAGCGUUGCUACAUUGACGAGUUUAGAGGAUGCGGUGCGGCUUUGUGCGUUCUCAAUGAUCAACCGAUACAUGCUUUGGUCGUUAUUGUUUCGUGCUACCGUUCGUGGGUUCAGAUUUAUUUGUUAUUUUUUCUUUUUACAUGUCUUCUUCUACUUGUCAUCGAGUUUCUUCUCGUGAAAAAUAAAUCCUGUAUAAAAGCCGACUAAGAGCAUCGACAUCCGUAUGUAUUUACGCGUCGACUACCAUCGGUGCGCACGAGUCGAGUCAGUGCAGACGUCGAGAGGAAGGAAGAAAAAUGUCGCGAUGUCGGUGAUGACAGAAGAGAGAAGAAUCGUGCGUUGCAAAGACGACGGUAGGUCGUUCUAAAAGAGCAUGCCGCGGUGGUUACUCGCCCUGGACGAACCAGCAUCCAACCCAUGCGGUAGCAUUGUUAUCGGCCACGAACCAUCGGGGUUAAACUGUUGGACCGUAUCAGGGGAUGCUCGAACGCGAGAAAGUCCGUACCGGUGCCGCAAUCGCAACGGCCUUGACAGUUUCAACUGGGAACCGGAUCAGUCCAGACGGCGUCGUUUCAUCCCUGCAAUUACCGAACGAUCGGUACGCCUGUAACCCCGAUAGCAUUUAUUCCGUGCCUAGAAACGAUCUGCACGAAGUGGAAUGGGUAGAACCUGAUGCGGUGGAUGCUGAAGUAUCGAGAUUAGUAGCCGGAUCGUCGACGACGACGACGACGACGACGACGACGCGAAAUAAUCCAAGACGAUGUUGCAGAACUUCGACCAGUUCGGGCUACUCGAGCCACUCGCCGCCUUUAUCGGCAGGUUCCUAUUCCUGUUACGCGUCGGCUGUACCUGGCCAGAGUAUUUUUCGGUCAACGGCUCCGCAAACCAUGAAAGAUCAAUUCGGGGGAGGUCUCGCAGUGAUACACGAAGGCGAAGCAAUUCCACGUCCCAUAUGGCCGUCGGUCUUCACCAGUGUUCCACAAGAAUUCUAUAUCCGCGAUGACGGCAAAACCGAAUACGAUAGAAUGUAUACGUGUUGCGGAUGCGGUUGUACGUAUACUUAUUCGUCCUACGAUUGGAAUUACGGCCGACCGACGGCAACGUCAGCGCGCGAGAUUCUUCUAGAAUUAUCGAGGACGUUGAACUCCGUUAUAGAAGGUGAGACGACGAUGACACCCGAAGAGAUUUUACACAAUAUCUCGAAAACCGUGGCUCAGGGGAUAAAUCUGAAGAAAAGUAGUAUUUACGAGUACGUACGUCAAAAUCCAGCAUGGUUGAAUGACGGAAAGAACACGUCGUCGAUUUUGAGCAGUAAAACUUCGUCACAGUCGACCGGAAAGGAUUCGUCGUCGCUUCAAAGUCGUACGAAAAACUCGUCUUCCUCGUCGUCGACGAGGGUAAAUCCGGUGAAUUCGAAAGUUUACGGUAGCACCCGUAGAUUUCAUAAUUCGGCUUGGUCAACGCCUAGAUGUACCUGCGAUUCAUCUAAUAGAAACGUCGAAUCGUCGACAUGCGAAAAGACUAGGCCGGGAUUGGAAAAGAAGACGUCUUCCAGUACGGAGAUUCAUUGUCAAAAACCAUUGGAUUUGUGUACCUGUAAAUGCUUUAAAGAAUCGACUCAGCAAUCUAGAAGGAAACAAAGUACUUGCACCAGUGUUCACAUCGGAGAUAGUGAGAAACAGGCGAUCGUUGAACUAGACGGUUUGAAUCAAAAUCGAAAUGGUCUUGUUUCUGGUGAACCAGAAUACACGAUGCAGUUGGAGUGCAGCGACGGUGGUUCCUCGAACGAAGGGAUGGUUGUGCCGUCGACGAAAGGUGCCUGGAAUCACCACAACACGAGAGGAUUCAUCGGUGAUUUGGAUUUCACGUUGGACGUCACGCGUGCCGAACGUUUAGGUCGAGCGAUCGCGAAAGCGAAAAGGAAUCGGCAAUGGUGCAGAGCUCUGACCACUUUAUUCGGACUAGUCUUCUUUGUUUUAAGCGUUGUCGUCGUUUCGUUGUCGGUGACCAGGGGCCGAAAAGUUUUCGGUAGCAUGUGAAAAAGCUCUUUUUUAAGGAACGAAAGCGUCUUGCGACUGAUACUCUUUGCUAAGUACGUAUUUCUCAGUACCUUAUACCAAUUAAGUAAAAAUCCGCAGGGUUCAGAAAGGGUCCUGCAAGCAAUAUAUGGCUGUGACCAUGUCCUUGUAUAUCUUAUGUUUUAAAUGAUGUGUGUACUCCGAAAGCAAUCGCAUUAAAUAAAGAGGAGACGAUAAGGUAUAAUUCUA